AUGGAGGACCCGUCGGUGCAACCCUCCCCCCCGCCGCCUAGGCCCAAGAGGGGCAAGGAGGCGGCUGCCGACUCGGGGAGAGGGGGCCAAGGCCAGGCCUCCGCCAAGGCAGAAGGCUCGGACUCCGACGACUCCUCGUUGAGCGUCGAAGGAGACCUCAGCGACGACGACGACGGCGACGCUCCCUCGGCAGCCGGCGGGGUCGUGCCGGAGGACAAAGACGAGGAAGACGACGUGCCCCUGGUGAGGCGUUCGUCGAGGAAGAGGGGGCAGACCAGCACGUCACCGGUAGCCCCAACCAAGAAGCCCCGCCCAGCAUCGGGGGGUGGCGACGGAAAAGCCGCUGACGCGGCUGCUGUGACGGCGGCAGCGGCCGCUGGUGACCCAAGGAUCCCCGAUUCGAGCUCGCAGGGCACCGGCCCGGCGGCAGAGGUGCGAGUAAUCGACCUCAUCGGUGAGGUCGACAACGAUGCUCCAGCGGAGAUUGCCUCCAUCGGAGCCCUUCAGCAAUCAGCCACGGCGCUCGACGGGGCCAUGACUGCUGCCGCAGGUGACGCCACGCAGGGGGCGCCAUCUGAGGCGGGCAACCCGGAGCAGCCUCCGCCAGCCGGAGCAAGCGGCAACGCUCUGGAGAAGCCCCUAAACCCCCAGCCCGCCCCUCCGGACGGGCAGGGAGCAGGAGGGCUUGGCCAGGCGGGGCAGCUCAAGGCCGACGCGCCCUCAGGAUCACAGACGAUCGCGGCGGGGUCCUCCUCCUCCGCUGGAGCCGCCUUCAGCCCAUGA